AUUCCACGCGCUCUCGUGCUGCCGGCGCCGCGUCUCAUGACGACGCGGAUGGCAGAUAUCAGGAUGUCAAAGCCAGUAGAGGUUGAGAAGCAAGGGGCUGACUCUCCAAUGGAGAGCACAGACUCAGAGAGGAAUGGUCCAGACUCCCAUCAUCAGGUUCAAUCAAUGAAAAUCAGUCCCUUCUCCCUGUCUCCAACUCUGAGCAGUGCCAAGGGCAAAGUUGAGGACUGUGGGGAGAUGUCCCCCACCCCUGCCCCAGCCCCCUCGCAGACUCCCCUCCCACAUACACAGCUGAUGUUGACUGGCAGCCAGCUGGCUGGAGAUAUCCAGCAGCUACUGCAGCUGCAGCAGCUGGUUCUGGUUCCUGGACACCCCCUGCAGUCACCUGCACAGUUUCUCUUGCCUCAGACACAGCAAGGGCAGCAAGGGCUGCUGUCAACACCAAAUCUAAUUCCGCUACCUCAGCAAAGCCAAGGGGGCCUCCUGUCUGCUCCACCCAGACUGGGGCUUCAAGCACAGAGAGACAAGGGUGUAGACAGCGGUGUGAGCUCAGCGACUUCCGUGUCCUCUCACCCUGAGGAACCUAGUGACCUGGAGGAGCUGGAGCAGUUUGCGCGCACCUUCAAACAGAGGAGGAUCAAGCUGGGCUUCACACAGGGUGAUGUUGGGUUGGCCAUGGGGAAGCUCUAUGGCAACGAUUUCAGCCAGACCACCAUCUCCCGUUUUGAGGCUCUAAAUCUCAGCUUCAAGAACAUGUGCAAGCUCAAACCACUGCUAGAAAAAUGGCUCAAUGAUGCUGAGACCAUGUCCAUUGACAGCACGCUGCCCAGCCCCAGUUCCCUGUCCUCUCCCUCGCUGGGCUUCGAGGGUCUGCCUGGCCGGCGCAGGAAGAAACGCACCAGCAUCGAGACCAACGUCCGCGUGGCCUUAGAGCGCAGCUUCAUCGCGAACCAGAAGCCUACCUCAGAGGAGAUCCUGCUGAUCGCGGAGCAGUUGAAUAUGGAGAAGGAGGUGAUCCGGGUCUGGUUCUGCAAUCGGCGCCAGAAAGAGAAACGCAUCAACCCUACAAGCGCCACCCCUCCCCUGCCCAGCCAGCCCCCCCCCUCCACGCACAAACCCCCCUGUUACAGCCCGCACAUGAUGUCCAGUCCAGGACUGUCCCAGGCCGUCACCAGCCUCAGCACAACAGUGACCACAAUGUCGUCAGUUUGUCCUCUGACCCCCACCGGCCCUGCUACCAUCAGCUCCGCCCCUUCCCCGGUGACCCCGCCUCCUCGCAGUACAGCCAGCCCCACCCCUCCCAGCCACAGCACACUGAGCCUCAACACAGGCUUGUGGCGUAUGGGUAAAAAGAACGGUGAAGUGUCUAACUACAUCACCGAUUUUGCUGCAAACUUGAGCUCUGGCAGUCAGUGGUGGCCAGCUACCCAUUUCCAGUCUUGAAGGGGGAAGUAAGGUGCUGCUUGGUGGUACUGGAGGCACAGGUGCGGGACUGCCAUCCUCCCUCUUCCUCAACCACUCCGCCCUGCUGCCCAUGGCGCCAGGUGCCGGCGUGGGAUUGGUCAGCGCCGCUGUAGCCAAAGCCACCAAGCCCUCAUCAUUUCCUGCUGCCAGCAGCAUGAGCCCCACCUCCUGCUCCCCCUCUUCUUGCUCAAGCUCUGCUUCUCCCUGCUCCAGUGAGGGGCCGCAAAGCCCGUCUGCUCUGGGAGGAGCCAAGGCCGAGUGAUGAAGCCCAAGGGCCAAUCACAGGAGAGGAGGAGGAGGAGGAAGAGGAGAGAGUCCAAAACCUCGCCUUUCAACCAAAGCUGUCUUUCUCUCUGCCUCCAUUUCUUGCUUUCAUUCUCUCUCUAAAUCUUUCAAAGCCAAAAAUACACAGAAUGAAAGAAAUGAGAGAGAAGGAGAGAAACAGGUGGAGGAGGGAAAAGGGGAAAGGGGGAGAUUUAAACCAAAAAAUUAUCUAUCUAAGCAGAUGGAGAGGAGGCAUUGUGGGACUGUUUUGUCAAUGAAGAAUGAAUACACACGUUGUCUCUUUACUCUGGAAAAAAGAAUGAAAAACAGGGACUGAAUGAGAGGACAGAGAUGCGUGACAAUUCUUGUGAACCAAAAAGGACAAAAAAAACUUUACUGUGUGUGAUAGGAUGGUGGCAAGGAUAUAAGGAAAAGAAAGACUUUUUUUGAGAAGCUGCAGGGGACAGAAAGAAGAGGAUUUUAAACCAAAAAUGGAAAGUAAAACACACAAUGACAAAAAAUGACAACCAUGCCAAAAUCCCAAAUACCAAAAACCAAAACCAAAAAUACGGAGAGAAAAGCUUUACCCAAAGGACCUGUAAAUACUGAACCGUCCAGGAUCAGAACAUAAUUACACAACACAACACAACACAGACUACAUCUAAAUCAUAGCAAAUUCAUGAGAUCAUUCAUUGUUAAUAUACUUUCCUCUGUUAAUAUAUUUACAUUACUUUUAUUUUUGCAUCAAAUUUUUCAAUGUUUUGUUUUUUAUAAAUGAUAUUGAAUGAGCUGAGCUCAGUUAUUUGUCUGCCUUCAUGUCUCUCUCUACCUACCUCUGCUUUCAGCU